AUGGAACCACUUUGCCAAGGAGUACGUCCCGGAGACUGCGAUCCAGACAUGUGUGGCGGUUCAUGUGAAGCACGCUACAUAAGGUUCUUCGAUCGCAACACAUUGUUGGAUAGGACCGCGAAAAGCUGUCAAUGUGUACAGGAGAAAAUCUGUUCUAUAAUUGGAAUGCAUGCUCAUGCUGGAUGUCGAACGUAUUCAUCGUUGUCUUCCGCUGGUCAACGUCUUAUUCGACUGUGGAGCAUCGAUGCGAAAGAUCGUAGAUUUCGCUUCAGCAACGACGUCAGAAAGCGUUUUUCUGAUAAACAAAGGCAUCACCAAUUAAUGAAUGGGAACAGCCGAUUCUGCUGUCGUUCAGUGACACCAAAAAGGACGAGAGCACUUCGGCUUCAGUCUGGAGCUCAAGCAAAGCAGAGCUCAAGCGAAUUUACGCCCAUUCUCUCUUUGCUUAUUACUUAUUUCAUGCUCCGGUAG